UUGAGGAAAUGGAACAAAACAUAGUGUGGGUUGAUUUGGAAAUGACUGGACUUGAUAUAAAUAAAGAUCAUAUCAUCGAGAUGGCUUGUAUUGUUACUGACGGACAAUUAAAUAUCGUUGAAGAAGGUCCUGACAUCGUGAUCAAACAACCUGACGAUCUUCUGGAUAGUAUGGAUGAAUGGUGCACGAAACAUCAUGGUGAAUCAGGUUUGACUGCGGCUGUUAAAAAUUCUCAAAUUUCAAUACAAGAAUGCGAACAAACAAUGUUGGACUUUAUAACGAAGCACACAAAAAAGGGGAAAUCAUGCUUAGCGGGUAAUUCUGUUCAUUGUGACAAAGAGUUCUUAAAUAAGUACAUGCCGAACUUUAUGGCGCAACUACAUUAUCGUAUUAUCGAUGUCAGUAGUAUGAAAGAACUUGCAAAGCGUUGGUAUCCUGAGGUAAUUGAUAACUCACCAACUAAAUUGUUUAGCCAUCGUGCUUUACAAGAUGUCAAGGAAAGUAUCAAAGAGCUGCAGUACUACAGAAAAAGAAUAUUUAAAAAUUGAAUUUAAACUUAUGUUUAUGUAAACUGUUCAGGUUAUUCUGAAAACAUUUUUCAGAUAUUGAUUUUAGUUGUUUUUAUAUCACAAAUUUCUAAGUGCAACAAAAAAACCGCCAAUCUAUAUGUUGCAAAAUUCAUUAUAAACCAGCCGAUGUCGUAAAAUUCACGUUGAUGCGUACAUACUACCACGGUGUCUGCGGUCUACAUUAGUUUUUGUACUUUACCCAAUUUGUUAUGGGGCCAUGAUGUACCUGCGACAAAUGUAAAUUUAUAUAUCUUUUGAAAUACUUUCUCGGUAGUCAUGAAACUUUGUAACUAUUGGUCUAUAUAUAACGGAUAUUUUUAGAUGGACUAAGGAAGCUGUUGUCACAUGAUAUUUGUUGUUAACUCAACAUUAGAGCUUGUACA